AUUAUAGUCACUAUUUGUUGAGACCAAUAACUUGUCAGUCUUGAGUUGUACUUUCAGAGCUAUUUUUCCCAAAAGAAAAUAUGAAGAGUAUAUACAUUUUAGGUGUUCUUGUCCUAGUAUGCGUAUCGUCAUGUGUCGGUAAAGACCUAAUAGUAGGUAAUAGCUUCAACACGCGUUUACUGUGGCAGCAGAAAGCUGAAUACAUGGGUAUACCAUUCAAGAAGAGAGUAAAGGAAGUUUUCUUCUCGGAUCCUGGACAACAAGUUAUCAGAGCUAUAAUAGCGCGCGAUGUAGAUCACACAGAUGCGAGCGCAACUGUGACUGCAGGUGGCGUGGGAUCUACUUUCGCCAACCUUCGGCUGAAGAGCGAACGUGGAAGCGGCCUUAAUUACAUCAUUGAAAUAUACGCCUGAUAACAUAACUGUUAACAUGAAAAUAAAUUAAAAUAACCUUUGCCUGCAACUCAUA